GUCCUCUCCCCGCAGGAGGACCUGACUUAGUCCCGCAGAGGAUCCGGGACUCCGCAGUCUGUGUGACAUCAUCAUCAUGAGUCUGAGCGCCAACGACCUCUCCGAGCUCAUGGAGCUGUGGGAGGAGCUAAACCUGACGGGCGGCGACCACUACAACCUGUCCCACGUGGAGACGCUGAUGUGUUCGGGCACCGUCAGCCACGCCGCCUUCCUCCACCUGCUCUCCGUCCUCUACGUCUUCAUCUUCGUGGUGGGCCUCGCCGCCAACGCCCUGGUGGUCUGGGUCAACCUGCGCACCGACAGGAGCCGCUACGAGACGCACCUGUACGUCCUGAACCUGGCCGUGGCCGACCUGUGCGUGGUGGCCACGCUGCCGGUGUGGGUGACCUCGCUGCUGCAGGGCGGCCGCUGGCCGUUCGGAGAGACCGUCUGUAAACUCACCCACCUGGUCUUCAGCGUCAACCUCUUCGGCAGCAUCUUCUUCCUCACCUGCAUGAGCGUGGACCGCUACGUGUCCGUCACGCGGUUCGCCGACGCCCCCGACAGCCGCAGGAAGAAGGUGGUGCGACGGCUGAUCUGCAUCCUGGUGUGGCUGCUGGCUCUGGCGGCCUCCGUCCCCGACACCUACUUCCUGCAGGCGGUGAAGUCGUCGCACCACGACGGCGCCGUCUGCCGGCCGGUGUACCCGGCGGACAACCCUCGUGAGUGGAUGGUCGGCGUCCAGCUGAGCUUCAUCGUGCUCGGCUUCGCCAUCCCGUUCCCCGUCAUCUCCGUCUUCUACCUCCUCCUGGCGGCGGCGAUCCCCCCCAGCUCGGAUCAGGAGCGCCGCGUCAGCCGGCGGAUCAUCCUGACCUACAUCGUGGUCUUCCUGGUGUGCUGGCUCCCGUUCCACGCCGUCCUCCUGUUGGACACGCUGUCGCUGCUCAACUUCCUGCCCUUCAGCUGCCGGCUGGAGAACUUCCUGGACGUGGCGCUGCACCUGACGCAGUGCUUCUCGCUGGUCCACUGCUGCGUCAACCCCAUCCUGUACAACCUCCUCAACAGGAACUACCGCUACGACCUCAUGAAGGCCUUCAUCUUUAAGUACUCCACCAAGACCGGGCUCGCCAGGCUCAUCGACGGCUCACACGCCUCCGAGACGGAGUACUCGGUGGUGGCGAUGGACAACAGCGUCCCCAUGUGAACAGGAACCACAACUAGCCCCCCAUUCCUCAGAGACUCAGAGCUGGGACCUGACAACGGACAAGACUUUACAAACGGGUCUUCUACCAGCUCCUGGUCCUUAGUGGUCCAACACCCUGAUGGUCUAGGUCUAGACAAGAGUCCCUGAUAUCAAAACUUCUCAAGACUUGGGAGUACUUCUAAGGACUUGGGAACUCUUUUUUGGGGGUAUUGUACUUUUUUACUGCACUACAGUUAUCCAGCAUUAUUUUAUUCAAUAUCCAGUUAAACCAGAGAUUAUUGAAAACAUUCUGAGAGGAGCGUUUUAAUGAGAACGUUAACUCGGGCAUUAGAAGAACCUGAGAAACUCUAUUCCGUCCGUCUCUUGUUUACGUCAGCUGAUCUGAAUCUCCAGCAGAGGAAACCACAGAAGAAGAACGUCUUUGUUCAAUCAAACCUGUAAAUAGAGUCGAGUUUAUAUUCUGUGAAUAUAUUUAUAUUUACUGAUCUAUUUUCCUGUUUACGUUAAAUUAGUUUGUCCCUUUUUCAUUCCUGAAUAAAGUUUAAAUGUUUAAAGAACAAACUGGAAAACUGAAAAGUGUAAUUGUAAUAAUGCAUCAUGCUCUCCUGAGGAUCCGAGGAUCCAGACCAAAUAAACAGACAUGUUAGUUUCUUAUUUCAGUCUCAGGUUGUUGAAAGAACAAGAACACAUUAAAUAACUUAUUUAUUCCCAAUAAUUCACUUUUCGGGCUCCUGGUCUCAGUAUGGUGAAAAUAAACGUAUAUCUC